AAGUGCUGCUGACAGGGUCACUUCUAAACGCCGCCCUGACGGAGGAGACAGCGUCUCUGCGGACGGGGAACUUCAGGAUUCUACUUCACCGCCUCACUGCAUGUCACCGGCUCUAUAAAUAUGGGAUCUCCCGAUCACGCACUUGACCAAUUGCGCCGCGCAGGACUCUGAUGGAUCAUCUGAAUUCAGCGAUCCUCUCCGGGUAGAUGUGGUACAGUAGUUGUAGAGACGGGUCUGUGCGUGAGUGUUUGCGUGUGUGCGUGCGUGUGUGCGUUUGUGUGUGAAUGUGCACUCCUAGAAUAGAAAGGAAGAAGGAGAGGCGGGAUCGGUUUUGUGCCUUGUUUGAAAUCCGGGGUGAAGCAAAUAGAUCGUCUGUGACAGAUUGAUCAGCACUUCGCGCUCCCUCUGUGGAUUUGCUGGAUGUUUGAUCAGUGGAUGUGAUGCCCAUAUAUAUCAUCGACCGAAAAUUUCCCGACAUAUCUGGUGAGUUGAUACAGGCGGUAGCUGAAGGAGGAGAUCCGAGAAUGACAGAGACCAACACCCCCAAAUCGGUUAAGAAGCCCCGCUGGACCUCCCUGGAGAUCGGCCUCAUUACUAUCGUCUCGUUGCUCUUCAUCGUCAUCGUUGCCCUCAUCAUCCUCUUUGCCACACAGAAGACUGAUGAAAUCUGCACCACAGCAGACUGCACGCAGUCAGCGUCUCGUCUCAUUGAGAACAUGGAUGCCAGCGUGGACCCCUGUGACAACUUCUACCAGUAUGCCUGUGGCGGUUGGCUUAAAAAGAACAUUAUCCCAGAGACCAGCUUUAGAUACAGCACCUUUGACAUCUUACGAGACGAACUGGAGGUCAUCCUCAAAGGUGUCCUUGAGAAAACAGUGGAGGGGGAAGCUGCUGCUCUCACCAAGGCAAAGACCCUUUACAAGUCCUGCACCAAUGAAAGUUUAAUCGAGCUCAGAGGAGGGACUCCGCUGCUCGACAUGCUGCCUGAUGUGUUCGAGUGGCCCAUAGCUGUGGACAACUGGGAGACCACCUACGGGAGAACGUGGAGGUUGGAGGACGUCAUUGCCAAGCUGAAUGAGAAAUACGGGACUCAACUCUUGGUAAACUUUUUCGUCGGCACCGAUGACAGGGACUCCAACUCGCAUAUCAUUCAUUUUGACCAGCAGACCAGCCUCGGCCUCUUGUCCAGAGAUUACUACGCCUGCAAUGGUCCCUAUGCAGAGGCGUGUCGAGCCUACGAGCAGUUCAUGAUCGACCUGGCCAAGCUGAUCCGCACAGACCGGGGCCUGGCCAUCAAUGAAACCCGCAUGAGAGAGGAGAUGACACGAGUUAUGGACUUGGAGAGGGACAUUGCCAACGCUACCGAUACUCCAGAGGAUCGUAACAACCCAGUGUUGCUUUACAACAAGAUGGAACUAGGGGACCUGAACGCCAACUUCACCCUUGAGGUUGAGUCGCAGAUAUUUGACUGGAGUUACUUCACGGCUAAGAUAAUGGGCACAGUCAACAUCAGCAUUCCUGACACAGAGAAGGUCAUAAACUACUCCCCCAACUAUUACAGAAGACUCAACCUCGUCUUGUCCAAAUACACAAAGAGGGAUCUGCAGAACUACAUGGUGUGGCGUUUUGCUAUGAACAUGGUGGUGGGCCUGAGCAGAGCUUACAGAGACACCAGGAAAGCCUUCCGCAAGGCUCUGUCUGGUGCAACGUCAGAGGCAGCAGUGUGGCGACAGUGUGCACUUUACGUCAACAGCAACAUGGACAAUGCUGUGGGACGACUGUACGUGCAGGAGGCCUUCUCCGAAAAGAGUAAAGAACUGAUGGAGGAGAUGAUUAAAGACAUUCGGGAGGUGUUCAUUAGUAACCUUGAUGACCUGACCUGGAUGGAUGCAGAGACCAAGAAAGCAGCUGAGGAGAAGGCCCGAGCUAUUCGGGAACGGAUCGGCUAUUCUGACAACAUCAUGGAUGACAAAUACCUUAACAAUGAGUACAAAGACCUGACCUACAGUGCAGAGGAGUACUUUGAAAACAUCCUACAGAACCUGGAGUACGUGCAGAAGAAACGCCUGCGGAAACUCAGAGUCAAAGUCAACAAAGAGGAGUGGGUAACUGGAGCUGCUGUUGUCAACGCCUUCUACUCGUCCAGCAAAAACCAAAUAGUGUUCCCUGCAGGUAUCCUUCAGCCCCCUUUCUUCAGCAAGGGCCAGACUAAAUCUCUCAACUACGGUGGCAUCGGCAUGGUUAUUGGUCACGAGAUCACACAUGGCUUUGAUGACAAUGGCCGUAACUAUGAUAAGGAUGGUGACCUGAAGGACUGGUGGACAUCAGACUCCACUCGGAGGUUCCUGGAGCUGUCAAAGUGCAUUGUGGAUCAGUAUGGCAACUUCUCCUGGGACCUGGCUAGUGGACUACAUUUAAAUGGUAACAACACCCUCGGGGAGAACAUUGCUGACAAUGGAGGGAUUCGGCAGGCAUAUCAGGCCUAUAAGAACUAUGUGAAGCAGCACGGAGAGGAGCCACCACUGCCUGGCAUCGACCUUUCCCAUGAUCAACUCUUCUUCUUGAACUUUGCUCAGGUGUGGUGUGGAACGUACCGACCAGAGCAAGCUGUUAAUUCCAUUAAAGUAGACGUACACAGUCCAGGGAAAUUCAGGGUACUGGGCUCCCUUCAGAAUUUCCCAGAAUUUGCCAAAGCGUUCAGCUGCAACAAAAGCAGCUCCAUGGUCCCCGACAACAUCUGUCGUGUGUGGUGAUCCACAGACCUCUGGGAUGGGUUUGUCCCCCUUACAGUACCUCUCCCCUCUGACUGUCGGAGCACUCAUGGAGGGGCUACGAGGAAGUGGAAGCUUCCUUUAGCUCUUUACUGGAUGGACCAUGGCUGUUGGAUUGACACUGCAGUGUGCACUUCAUCCAAGGACAGCAGCAGACUGUACCCUCAAGGACAGACGGAGCACUGUCUCUCCAACUCUGAUACUGUAGUUCAUUCAAUCAGCCUGAUCAUUCUCUUAUUCACUGGAUACAAUCACUCCCUGUGUUUUUAUCUUUCGCUCAGUGUUCAUCUUGUUUUACUCACCAUUUUCAGCUCCGCCGAUGUGUAUUUUGUGAGUGCUUAUGUGAGUGUGUUUCAGUCAAUAUACGGUACGAGUAGUUGGCAAGAGAGGGGAAGACAUAAAUGUGCUCAACCCACUGGCAUAUGAAUACACCACACACCCACUCACACUCAUAUACAUGUAACAGGGCUGAACCAGUGUGCUGUAUGUGGGACUGAGCUGUAUGACUCUCAGAAAAACCUCAGCUGGUUCCAGCCUUCAUCUACAUGCUGACACACUCUACAAUGUAUGUACUCUUUGUUUAUACAUAAAGCCAAAUUAGGUAAAUUAUUGCAGAAAAUCUGAAUUUAUUUUGAUGAAUAGACCAGUAAGUAUUUAACCGUGAUCACAUAUUACACAGUACUGUUCUAUAUUUAAUGGUAAUAACGUUACUGCAGUUGACAGGUGGCUGCUGUUCAUUAGCAGAAUGAAGAUAAUAAACCAAAAUUAAUUUUUUUGCCUUUAAGAUGACAACUGGUCAUGACUCACUGAGAUGACAAUCGACCAACACCAGACCCUUUUCAUAAGUUCCCUUAAUGGAUGUACAUCUCUGUGUGUAUUUUCCAGUCUUUCUAAGUCAUUUAUUAUCACUGCCUGCCAUUUGUCAAGCGAAUUGGUAUGCCUUACAGUUGUGCUACUGUGUGUGAGUGUGUACGUGUAUUCGUGGAAGAACAAAGGAUAAAGAAAUGCAGUUUGACUUUUCAUACACACUUGUUCGCUCUCUUGUUGAGAAUUUAGAUGAGAAAAUCGACUCCACUCUCAUGUCUGUAUGCUGUAGUCAACUGCCAAUUAGUUUAGCUUAGCAUGAAGAGUAAUAACAGUUCCCCUGGCUCUGCUGAAAGGAGAAAAAAUAUGACCCAAUAAUUACAACAUAACAUCUUGUAUGCUUAAUCAGCUCAAAAACUAAAGUGUAAAAAACAACAAGUUAUGGUUUUACAUUGUGUUAUGAACAAGAAGUAGCAUAAAGUCCCAAAAAGUUACCGCCUGGAGCAGUGACCUCAGUCUCCACUAGUUGCCUGGCAACCCAACAAUGACAUGAAAAAGGACUUUGAGUAUAUACAUUUCUAUUUUUAUAUGGACUAAACAAACAUGUAUUACAGUCAGCUAUAGUUAAGUGAAGCUAGCCAUUCUCCUGGACGUAACUUUAUUUUGUAGUGAUGUGACAGUGGAAUUGAUCCUCUCCGCUCUUGGAAAGAUAGCGAAGAAGUAUGUUUCUUUAAAUGUUCAGCUAUUCCUUCAAGAAAAGGGAUCUCAGUUUAGUCAUAUGAAGAUAUUACCAAUCUUUUUUAAUGAUUUUUUUCACACAAAAAGCAAAUGUUAACUGGUAAUUUUCACAAUUAACUGUUCAAAGGAAUGUUUUUUCCUAAAUAUUUUAAACUCCACACCAUAACGAACUUUUAAGUUCAGAAGUGCAUGCAUUUUUCUGAAUGCAGAAGAUUGUAUCAAGUCAGUAAAUCCCAAUUCCCCAUUUGAUAUGACUUUUCUAUGUUCAAAGGUAACAAAGGGUGUGAUACACGGUUGUCAAUUGCGGAAAUUUUUGGCUUUGCCUUUUUCUAUAGAAAUUAUAGUGCAAUGAAUGAUGCACCGUGAUCAUUCAGACCACUUCUGCAGACUGAAUACAACACCCUCCAUGUCCAGUUUUGGUAUAUUGUUUCCAGUUAUUUUGUUUCCUUCAUUAUUUGUCCAAGCUUUCUGUUACUGCUCACUCCCUCAGGCUUUUCUUUCUUUCUGUCUCUCUCUCUCUCUCUCUCUCUCACUCCACUUGUAGAAAGACAGAUAUACCUCAGUUGCCUGUAUUUAGAUACUUUAUAAUAAUGACUGAUAAUCAUCUUGAGGAGCAUUUUGUUUUCUUUCAAAAUAAAUCUUUAAAUAACUCA